AUGUGGCCUAACCCUUCCCUCGAGAUGGCUAGGGCAGAGCCGUUCACGCCUCUCGGCUCAUCGACCGCUAUCACCACUGAGGCGUCGCCAUUGGUGAAGGCUCAGAUUGGCAGGAAUAGAGCUAGACUCGAUGCAUUGUGGAAACUCUCAUCAUCUCAUGGUAUAUCGUGGGAUGAGCUGGACGACCAUUUUGUCCAAUGGCAUGCUGAGUACACUCACCGGACAGAACAGUUCAAAGAGAAUGUAGACAAGUUCCGCAUGGACGCCAGAGAUGCAGCCUUGCCUUAUAUGGCAGCACAGAAGCUCAAGUUCCACGUUCGAAGAGGAGGAUCGUGGACUGAUGGUCUACCACCGUUCGCACCCAAGAGGAUUAGACGACAGGGAGAGAAGUUCCUCCAUAGAUGGCGUAAACGAUACAUAGUCGCACACUUCCAGUCCGGCAAUCUUACAGAAUAUCUCAAAAACAAGGUUACUCUGCACUUGAUUCGCCGAGAGGUAUCCGAAAGGUGUCAAGGCUUGGAGAAGGCAGCUCGUCUAGCGGCUCGACAAGAGGGGAAGCGAUCGAGUAGAC